GACUUGUUUGAAGAGAAACAACGUCGACAAAAGACAGCUCAAACAAAAGGGGCUCAAGGUACAAAGACACCUCCCACAAAACCCCAAAGACCACCAUUGAAAUCCAUCGCUUCCAGUAGAGCUCUUUUGCAGACCAUCAAUGCAUCCCCUUCCACCGCUGCUCGAAAUAGCAUGUAUUUUGAAGAUCUUCAUAAAGCUGAAUUAGGCAUCGUGAAUGAUGAUGUCGAUAUGGCUACACACAGGUUAGCCAUUGCUUCCGAAAUUGCAGAUAUUUUACAACGUCAAGACUUGAUUAUCAAAAUGGGUAAAUGUCUUGUCCGAACAGGCGCGCCCUCUCACCGUAUUGAAGCGGCGAUGGACCAGGUUAGUAAACGUUUGGAAAUUGAUGGAAGUUAUGCAGUGUUACCAGGUCUGAUUAUUGUGACAUUUGGUGAUGUAGAAACGCAUACCUCUGAUACACACUUGAUUCGCUGUUCGAGAUCUUUGGAUAUUGGUAAGUUGGAGAGAGCCAAUAUGAUUGCCUAUGGUAUUGCCAAGGGAGAAUAUGACUUGGACGAAGCUACAGAAAUAUUAGAAGCCAUUAUAAUGGAACCACCUACCUCCUCACCUCUCAUGACGAUUCUUGGUUAUGUUGCUUCUUCUGCUUUCGUUGCUCCUCUUUUUUAUAAUGGCUCUUGGACUGAUUGUUGGGUGAGUGCUCUAUUAGGUCUAGCAGUGGGUGUGUUGACGUAUAUUUCAGAAAAAAUUCCAAUGUUUGGAAACAUUUUUGAAAUGGUGGUGACGAUCCCUUUAGCAAUUAUCACACUUGCACUUCAGCCUCAUGUUUGUUUCGCCGCCGUUGCCAUGGCAUCUAUUGUGAUUGCGUUGCCUGGGUUUUCUUUGACUUGUUCGGUGAUGGAAUUAGCAGCCAAGAAUUUGAUUAGUGGCACCGUGCAUUUGGUGUAUGCCAUGAUGUAUGUCUUGUUUUUAGCGUUUGGAAUAGGGUAUGGAUGUUCUAUAUGGCGCUUAGCUCAUCCUGGAGUAGAAAUUGAUGUAUUGACAGCAUGUCAAGCGAGUAUCAGUCCUUGGUGGACAUUUCUGAUGUUACCGAUAGCAACCGUGGCAUUUGGUGUGGUGUAUGGGGCCAGUCUGAACCAGUGGCUACCCAUGAUAGGCGAUAGUGCUGUUGGAUAUGCCGUGUAUUUCUUUGUAGCGAAAUACGCAGGCUCUUCCUCUGUGAUUACCCCCAGUGCUGGAGCAUUUGCACUUGGUUUGUUUGGCAAUAUCUAUUCACGUGUGACGAAAAGGUUGGCAUUUGUACCGUUGAUGGGUGGUACCAUUAUUUUGGUGCCUGGAAGUAUUGGUGUAAAGGGAGCGGUGAGCUUAUUUGAUGGAUCGAAUUCUUCUAGUGGAGGAAGUUUUGUAUUUCAAGUACUGGGUAUUGCACUUUCCUUAACUUUGGGUCUCUUUUUGGCAAACUUGGUGGUUUAUCCGAUGGGAAGAAAGCGGUCAGUCUUUUUGGGUCUUUAACAUGGAACACCCUUUAAAACGGGAAUACCUUUUUUUUUAUACCCCCCACAACCACCACUUUAGAAUCUUUUUACUUUAUAUCUUUUAACCAUCACUUUAGAAUCUUUUUUACUUUAUAUCUUUAUCCAAUACACUCUUACUUAU